AUUUACGAGUGACCGCGAAGGCAACACUGUCCAAACCUCAUUCAUCAAUGGGCGCUAUCGUUACCACCCUAGCUUCUAGUUACCUUGUCCGAUAUGCGCUUAGCUCGGACGUAAUGUCAAAACAAUACACUAAAAUUGUCUUUUGACGUCAUAGCAUCUGGCGUGCAUCCAAUUUUGCAUUAACGUUGUCCUGCUUGUUGCACUUAGCACUCGCACACCCCGUGUUAUGGGAGCCAGACGGACACGGUGGUCUCGCGAGCGACGGGCUGUCACCUACAAUGUCCGGGAGAACCGAACCUUCCGCGGCUCUUUGACGAGCUAAUUGUGGCUGUCGUAGGUCCGGGAGCAACCUAAAUUUGAAUCAUGCCUGGGAAACUAAAAGCAAAAAUUGUCGCCGGCCGCCACUUGCCUGUCAUGGACAGAGCCAGUGAGCUUACAGAUGCUUUUGUAGAGGUCAAGUUUGGAAACAUAACCUUCAAAACAGACGUCUACCCCAAAUCUCUCAAUCCACAGUGGAACUCAGAAUGGUUCAAAUUUGAGGUUGAUGAUGAGGACUUGCAGGAUGAGCCGCUGCAGAUCACCGUGUUGGACCACGACACAUACAGCGCAAACGACGCCAUCGGGAAGGUUUACAUCGACAUCGACCCGCUGCUGUGCAGUGAGGCCGCCUCCGUCAUCUCCGGCUGGUUUCCCAUCUAUGACACCAUUCACGGUAUCCGUGGAGAGAUUAAUGUCCUGAUCAAAGUAGAGCUCUUCAAUGACUUGAACCGCUUCAGACAAUCCUCCUGUGGAGUCAAGUUUUUCUGCACCACUUCCAUACCACGCUAUUACCGGGCGGCGAUGGUCCACGGCUUUGUGGAGGAGCUUGUGGUGAACGAAGAUCCCGAAUACCAAUGGAUUGACCGCAUCAGAACCCCUCGAGCAUCCAAUGAAGCCCGCCAGAGGCUCAUUUCGCUCAUGUCCGGAGAGCUGCAGAGGAAGAUAGGACUCAAAGUGCUUGAGAUGGGAGGGAAUGCAGUGGUGGGCUACUUGCAGUGUUUCGACUUGGAGGGAGAGUCGGGCCUGGUAGUGCGGGCCAUAGGUACCGCCUGCACUCUGGACAAAAUCACCUCCGGAGGUGCGCCCGCCACUGCCAUCGCCAAUGCCACCACACACAUGCAUCCCAGCACAGCUCCUGCUUCCAACGCCUGCAAUUCCCCUUCCAAGGACGGAAAGGAGCCGGUAUUUGGUGAGGACCUUCCCUCGUCAUCCGGCCCGCUCACCCCUUUCAGAGCCCUCCCCAGCAAUCCCUUCUCUCCUGCCCCCUUCUCUCCCCCCCAAGCCAGCCGCCAGUCCUCAUCAUCAGACACAGACCUCAGUUUGACGCCCAAGACGGGAAUGGGCAGCGGGGGCAGUGCCGGCAAAGAGGCAGGACCCCUAAAGACGCUGCUCAGACAACAGACGCAGACGGCUCUGGAGCAGAGGGAGUUCCCGUUUUUCACGUUGACGUCUUUCCCACCUGCCUUUCUGCUCCACGUGGGCGGAGUUGUCAGCGCUCGCUCAGUCAAACUGCUGGACCGCAUACACAACCCCGAUGAGCCAGAAACCCGCGACGCCUGGUGGGAGGAGAUACGACAAGAGAUCAAGUCUCAUGCCAAAGCUCUUGGUUGCCAUGCUGUCGUGGGGUAUAGCGAGAGUACCAGCAUCUGCGAAGAGGUAUGCAUCCUGUCUGCGUCCGGCACGGCAGCCAUCUUGAAUCCUCGCUAUAUGCGUGAGGGCUGCUUGGACGUCGCAAGCAUGGACCACAGGUUUGAGGAGCCGUCUCCCUCGAAUUGCGGCUUCUGUCACAUACCGUACGAUGAGUUCAACAUGCCCUUUCCCGCCCAGCUCACCUACUGCUACCUCUGCAGACGACAAAAGGUACCCGAUGUUCUGUUCACAACAAUCGACCUGCCAUCUGAUGCUGCCGUCACGGGGAAAGGCUGUCUCAUUCAGGCCAGACUAUGCCGUCUGAAGAAGCGAGCUCAGGGGGAGGUGAAUGCCACGGCCAUCUCCAACCUGCUUCCAUUUAUGGAAUACGAACUGCACACUCAGUUGAUGAACAAGCUGAAGCUGCGCAGCAUGAACGCCCUGUUUGGCCUUCACAUACAGAUCAGCGUCGGCGAGAACAUGCUGCUGGGUCUGGCCUCUGCCACAGGAGUGUAUCUGACCGCCCUCCCUACACCAGGAGGCAUUCAGAUUGCAGGGAAGACUCCGGGCGACAUGAGCAACGAGCACCACAUGUUGACCAUCCAGAAGAGGAUCAACGACACCAUCGCAAAAAACAAAGAGCUCUAUCAGAUCACGCCGCCGAAAUUAUUUACCCUGGACCCUGAGGUGCUCAGCGACAUAAACAUGGAGCUGACAGAGGAAGUAGUGGGUUCUCCCAUCCCGGAGCCCAGACCACGAAAUAGGCUGUUCCGCUCCCACUCAGAAAGCUCAGACGAGCUUUCAGAACUGGACCUGUCUCAUGGCAAGAAGGAUGCUUUUGUCCUGGAGAUUGAUGACACCGAUGCCGUGGAAGAUAUUCACUCCCUACUCACGGAUGCCCCGCCUCCCACGGGUUUCCACAGCUGCAACACUGAGGUCAUGCCUGGGAUUUACAACUGGACUUCGGGAAUACAGAUGUUUACAUCAGUGAGGGUGCUAAGGUUGAGUAAUGCCAAUCUCACCAAUCAAGGCUUGAACAAAAUCUUCACUGACCUGUGUGAGAACCUGCUGAAGAGUUUGUACUUCAAGUUGCGCUCUAUGAUCCCCUGCUGCAUUUGUCAUCUCAACUUCACCGUAGCAGUGCCGGAAGAAGAACUCAUACAGGUUGCCGUGACGGCGGUCGCCAUGACGUUCGACAAGGACCAGACCCAGGAGAAGCUAGCGGACAGGCCCAUCACCAAAGGGUGCAGUGAGACUGAAGAGCAGCUGCAGUUCCCCUUGGAGCUCUGCGUCGACUGCCCUUCCGCCAGCACGCAGCCGCCAUCAAAAACCUCAGGUACAGUCUCUUUACUCACUCCGGCUGCAAAACUCUGCCAAAAUCAGCUGGUUAUUGUGCAGACGGAAGGUGUCCCAAUAAGUAGUGCUGUGUCAUCCAGAGACAGAUGCAGCACCUGGCUAGAGCUGCUUAGGCUGAAAGCUCACACCAUAAGACGAGGAUCAGUUAAGACAAUGUCAUCACUGGAGCGCUCCAGUCCGCUGACCGAGAGCCGGUCCCGCUCGCUGCGCUCCAACCGCUGCUCGUUUGGAGGAAGCUCAGUCACGGUGGUGAAGAUGACACCGCUUUCCUUUCUCCCCGGUACACGUGUGGUAAAAUACUUGGGGAUCAUCAACAUGUUCUUCAUUCGAGAGACCACGUCCUUAAGAGAGGAAGGCGGCGUGAGCGGCUUCCUCCAUUCGUUCGUUGCAGAGGUGUUUGCCAUGGUUCGCGCCCACGUUGCAGCUUUGGGGGGAAAUGCCGUUGUGUCUUACAGCAUGAAGGAGUGUGUGUUGAUGGAAAAUCCCAAUAAGAACCAGGCACAGUGUCUCAUCAAUGUGAGUGGCGAUGCCGUCAUCUGCGUGCGGGAAUUGGAUCAGGAGCCCGCGUCAUCCGCAACAAGCCUCGGACAAGCGUGCACGAGUGGAAUGGAAGGGUCCACAUGACAUCUGCCAUCACUCAACCGCAACAGUCUAGCCGUCCAAAUGAGAGCAAGCUUCGGUUGCCUUAACUCUGUCAAAUAUCCCAAAGUUCGGAUGCCGCUUUUGAGAAGCAACACAUGCGCACAAAAGAAAAUUACAAAUACUGACAUGGAUUUUUCUCACAUGAGUAUUUCCACCACAAUUGUUAAUAAUAACAGCAAAAGAAGAAGCAUCUAUUUUUUGCCUGCUAGCAUCGUUCGGGUUUGCUUACCAGCUAUGACCGCACACUCAUUUAAAGCGGGG